UUCCUCUCUGCCUCUUGCAACUCAAUUUAUCCACACCUACUAGGCUCUAUGAAUCAGGCCCGUGGCCGCCUCAAGACAAUCCUGCAUUCCCGCCUCUGGAUUCAUGCUCGCAACCUUCUGCGACUCCCGCACUCGUGCGAUUGCUGGAAAGUCACCAUCUCAGAGUACUUGUCUGAGCUCGUCAACCUGAACGUCUUCCCCUUGGAGGACUUCACCCUCCGCACCUCUAUUUGCGAGAUUACACAGCGCAUACGCCAAUUCAAGCAUCAAUCUGCCGCGCCCGACUGCGCCGAUUGCAACAUCAAUUGGAUCGGAGUGGUCUUUGGCGGCGUCCGCGCCACGGAGGCAUACUUCGAUGGCUUGUGUCUCGACUGCAUGGAUCGGAGCAGGGUCAAGGAUGGUGAUAAGAACCAUUGGCUCCAGUGCGGUGCUGUGGAUAAGCGGUGGGAUUCAAGAUGUCGGAUUAAGCACGGCGAACCGACUUGGUACGCUAGCUGGCUGGGAAGAAACGAUCACAAGCAGAAGCUGCUGGAUAUGAGGCAUGCAGCUGAGGACGUACCUGGUAUUCGCUUUGACACGGAGAAGGUGACGGUAGAGCCGCCGUCCGUGGAUGAAGCUAAGGUACAUUCGCCAGCGGAAGAAGCUAAGCCAGAUUCACUCGUUGAAGAGCCUGAGGUGGAGUCUCUAACGGAAGAUGCGAAGGAAGAUGCCUCUCAGGAGUCGAACGCCGACGAAGCAAAGAAGUUCUAUGAGCUCCAAGGGUCCGAGAUUAUGGAUUAGGGCACAAAGGCAAGUAUUGGGACGCGGCUACCUCUGAGGACAAUCACUGGGCGAGCUAUUCGCGCUAUGAGUCAACGGAGGAGUGGUGCUGGCUCUGGUGAUGAACCAGCACAACGUUGAACGACCCAAGAUCCAGCAAUGAAGUUGAUGGAGUAUCAAAGAAAGGCUGAUUGUAGAGAUACUGGGUGGGCAUUAUACUGUAGACCUAGCAAGGUCACCAUCUGGUAGUCCCUGUUGUAGCGCCCUUUCAACUCCCGUCUGUGGGCUGUUGACAUGCUAUUCGAUGUCUGAAAUCCUACAAGACUUUCUUCUAGUCCGAACUUGCGUCUUGAUGCUAGCAUUACCGUGAUGGAAGUUAUA